UACAACCUAAGACCAAGCACGACAUCAUUCUCAUUUAGCCGUCUCUUAAAUCUGUUCCUUUUUCUCUUUUCACAUUUCAACUAUUUAACCACCUAACUCUACUUAGACCUCUUCAUUUUUUUUGUUUUGUUCUAAAGACUGCAGAGUGUAGCAGCCACAUCCCAGGAUCAUUAUGAGUUGUGGCUGCUUUGGAGCCUCAACUCUCAAGAAGAAAAGGAGUCCGAGUCCUUCUGAUACUCCAAAUGAAAUUGAUGGCUAUCCACUUGAUAAUAUAAUGCAUUUCUCUGAUAAAGAACUGAGAUUGGCCACUGAUGAUUAUCAUCCAAGCAAAAAGAUAGGGCGAGGAGGUUUUGGAACUGUUUACCAGGGAACCUUAAAAGAUGGAAGACAGGUAGCAGUGAAGACCCUUUCAGUUGGGUCAAGGCAGGGAGUUCGUGAGUUUUUAACUGAAAUUAAAACUAUAUACAAUGUUAAGCAUCCAAACCUUGUUGAAUUGAUUGGUUGCUGCGUUCAAGGACUUAAUCGUGUAUUAGUUUACGAGUAUGUGGAAAAUAACAGCCUUGAUCGUGCUUUACUUGGCACAAGAAAUACAAACAUUAAACUAGACUGGAGAAAAAGAUCUGCUAUUUGCACGGGUACCGCUCGGGGUCUUGCAUUUCUUCACGAGGAACUUGUGCCACAUAUUGUGCACAGGGACAUCAAGGCCAGUAACAUACUACUUGACAGAGACUUUAAUCCAAAAAUAGGAGAUUUUGGGUUGGCUAAAUUAUUUCCAGAUGACAUCACUCACAUUAGCACAAGAAUCGCUGGAACAACUGGUUACUUAGCACCAGAAUAUGCAAUGGGUGGCCAGUUAACCAUGAAGGCUGAUGUAUACAGUUUUGGGGUUCUUAUACUUGAAAUAAUUAGCAGCAAAAGCAGUUCAAGGGCAAACUGGGGAGGGUCAAACAAAUUUCUCUUGGAAUGGGCCUGGCAACUUCAUGAAGAGGGGAAACUGUUGGAGCUUGUGGAUCCAAACAUGGGUGAAUUUCCCGAGGAGGAGGUAAUUAGGUACAUGAAGGUAGCUUUUUUCUGCACACAGGCAGCAGGAAGCAGAAGGCCACUGAUGUCCCAAGUUGUUGACAUGCUCUCCAAGAAAAUAAGGCUCAAUGAAAAGCAACUUACAGCACCAGGGUUCUUCCAGGACUCAGGAGAAUCCUCUCUAAAGAAAUCAUCCUUUGAGUCCACUAGUUAUCAAUUUAGCUCUACCCCUGUCAGUAUUACUCAGGUUACCCCACGGUGAAGCCUAAAUUAAACUACUCCUUGUGUGAAUUGCAGAGUUGAAAUAUAGAAGAAAAGAAAAAUAAAAAAAGAUCAAAGAGAGAUUAUAGUUUUCUUUUACUUUUUCCUUUUAUUUAUAUUUUUUUUAAGGAUGCAAUAGAAUGUAGCAUGAAAUUGAAGCGACUUCGUG